UGACUUCGGUAUUAAGCAACCAAGAAAUAGUUGACUGCAUAAAAAAUUACGAUGAUCCCACUUUAGGUGCAUCGAAACUUGUGGAUCUUGCAGAUGAGCUCGGAUCGGAAGACAACAUGACUGCCAUGGUGGUGCGUCUGCCAGGAUGGGGAUCUCCCAUGCCAGAUCACACCAAAGAUUUAAGGAAAUACCGAUUGGACAAUGAUACCCGUACCAGUAAUAGGCGGACGUGA